UGUACAAAUCACCUGAAAAAACUUUUUGACGUUUAUUCUUAUUUAUUUUUGAAAAUACGAAGUGUGAAAUAUUUUAACUUUGUUAAUUUAUUAACAGCUAAAUAUGUUACUAUUUAAGUGCGGGUUUUUGUUAAUACCUUUGACUAUAGUUAUAUCAGUGUGUUCUCAAGUAACCAAUUUACCCAAGUCAUUAGAUGCUGUCCUUGCUGUGUUGUACUCGGCAAGUGUUGCAAUAGCUGGCAAAAUCAUGUAUGACAGAUUCCAGCACAUUAAUAUUCUAGGUUCACUAACCACAAACCCGGGCGUGACUUGUUUCUCCAAUAAGAUUGCUUCCGUUUCCGCAUGCUCCAUGUUUCUGGGCUUCCUUGUUCACUUGUUUCUAUUUCUGUUCAAGGUUGAUAAAUUUUCUAUAGCAGCAAUCAAUAUUUUUGUAUGUGCAUUUGGGACACUGUAUAUGUGGAUGCAGGGUAUAGUAACUCUGUACGCUACAACUCUGUUCUACGAUAAAAACUUGACAGCACUCAGACAAUGCUUGUCCAACGUGAGUUGCCUGGUGCUGGUCACCAUGGCUACAUUUGGGACCAUCGCCUCUAUCCUGCCUACAAAUCCUAAUGGUGCAACAGUAGCCUACAUUUGCCUGAUAAUAGCAUCCCUGUGCAGUUACAGUGUAGCAAUCAUGUUCUCUAUCUUCAUACUCUCAUAUGAAAAGGAUUACAAAUACUUUGCAGAGGGUCUCCCUUCAGACCUGCUUCUGGACGACGGCUGCGAGUAUAAUGACGCGAUAGUCUGCGAAGCUGACGGGCUGUUCCGAGCGCAAGAGAUACGCAGCCACCGCCUGCUCAUACAGGAGUUAUGAAGACGUUAAGUGCCUAAUACAAGAACCUCAAUGUGCUACGUAUUGGAAUGAAAUUCCUUGUUGUUCCAAUGUUAAUAUAAGUGUUAAAGAAGACGGGCUAGACCUGCCCACAGGUGUAGAGAAACGCAACCAACUCUACUUCAGGCGGUGCGAUGUUUUGCGCAGUUCUUAGAGAACAUUGUAAUACCUCAAAGGCAACUGUAGUAUUUUACCUAAUUUAAUUACCUAUAAUUGUGAUUAAUAAGUAUUCCUAAUAACGUAUUUUUGGUGCAUAUUGAAUUAUUAUGUAAAUUACUGUCAGGGAUUUAGUUUGUGGUUGUGAAUAAUUAUGGUACUUACUUUCUUGUAGUGGUCUAAGUAAAUCUAAUUUACUGUUUGCAUACUUUUAGUCAUGUAGUUCAUAGUAAUUUUGAAAGAAUAAUAUGUUUAGCUUAUACAGUCGAAUACUGACUAUGUACUAAAUAUGUAUCUAUCUACCUAUGUUAUUAAUUCCAUGUAGUCACACAGAAACUAAAUUCCAAUAUAUACGUCUAUUGUAUACUCAAUUAUAAUUAUCUAGUAUCUUCCUACAUUACCUACAUGCCUAUGUUAUAUUACCUACCUAUACCAAAAAGUCAAAAUAUAUUUCAAUACUUAUACUUGUAA